UACUUGUCUAGUGCAUGUUCAGCAGCAAGAUAUGGAAAUUUAAAAUUGGACUAAGUGUUUAUUUAAAACAUGGCUCAACUAAUCAAAACGGCCGAGUGCCUAUUCGUUAUAUUUUUAGCAGGAACAGUGACGGGAGAUGAUAGGAGUCCAGCAUUACAUAAAAAAAUAGAAAUAUUUCCGAAGGACUUUCAAUUUGGAGUAGCAACAUCGGCACAUCAAGUAGAAGGAGCAUGGAACGAAGAUGGAAAAGGUCCUAGUAUUUGGGAUAAUUUUACACACAGAGUCCCGUCGCCUAUAACAGAUGGCAAUAAUGCAGAUAUUACUUGUGACACCUAUCACAAAUAUAAAGAAGAUGUUGCUAAUGCUCAUAAUCUUGGUGUGAAAAUGUACAGAUUUUCUUUUUCUUGGUCAAGAAUUUUCCCAAAUGGUUACAACACCACUAUUAACCAACAAGGAGUCCAAUACUACAAAAAUCUUCUUAAACAGAUUCUAAAAUAUGACAUGAUUCCUUUCGGAACAAUCUACCACUGGGAUCUUCCACAAAAAUUAAUGGAUGACGGUAUUCACUGGACCAACCCAGCAAUUACAGAUGUUGUGGUGGAAUAUGCCAGAUUUGUUAUUAAAACGUUUCCAGAAGUUGGAAAGUGGGUUUCAAUUAACGAGCCUCAUAUGUUCUGUAGACUAGAAUAUGGCCUUGGUAUCGCCGCACCUGGUAUAUCCAGCAGUGGUAAAGAUCAAUACCAAUGUAUUUACCUAGCUAUUAAAACUCAUGAUGCAAUAUAUCGUAUGUACAAAAAAGAGUUUCCAUAUUAUAGAGCAAAAAUGGCUCCCACUAUAGACUGUGCAUGGAUUGAACCCAUAACCCAUGCAGUUGUAGAUCUAGCAGCUGCUGAAAGACAAAGGCAAUUUGAUUGUGGCUUGUUAUUCAAUCCUAUUUACAUAGGAGAUUGGCCAGAAGUACCAAAAGCCAGGAUUAACUUUAGAAGUAUGCAAGCAAACUUGACAAAAUCUCGUCUUCCAUCGUUUACUCCAGAAGAAAUUGAGUUCAUAAAUGGCACUGCUGACUAUAUAGGAUUAAAUCAUUAUUUUACAACUCUAGCUUCAAAUACGUUUGAAGCACCCAUCAAUGAGACAAGUUACAAAAAUGAUAUGGGAGUUGUUAACUCGUUUAGACCUUCUUGGAUGGUAGAAAAUAAUGGCGUAUUCACAAUUGUUCCAUAUGGGGUCAGAAGAGUUUUAAACUGGAUAAGAGACCUAUAUGGAAACCAUGAAGUUAUAUUGACAGAAACUGGAAUGACCGAAGAUGGUUCGUCUCUUGAGGAUGAUAUCAGAAUAGAUUUCUACACGGACUACUUUUGCAAUAUACUGUCAGCAAAAUACGAAGAUGGAGUCAAUGUAACAGGAAUCAUAGCUUGGAGUCUGAUGGACUCUUUUGAAUGGAGUUCUGGAUACAAGUUACAUUUUGGACUGUACCACGUCGAUUUCAAAGAUCCUAACAGAACAAGAGUACCAAAAAAAUCUGCAGAUUUUUUUAAGAAAUUAACAAAAUCGAGAAAAGUGGAAUGUAAAAAAACCAAGAAGGAAAUGGCCAGGUCCAGUACAAUGGGACCAGGAAGGUUAACCUUUUUGGAAAAGAUAUUAAAAGAGAUCAUGCGACAAAAUUCUAUCCUUAUCAAAUAACUCAAAAAG